AUGGGCAAGGGGCUCUCGACGCUUCACUUCACCGCCAAGGCGGGUUUCGACGGAUGCAUACAGGAAACCAUGAGUCGGCUCGAGAAGUGGACCAAUUCAAACGCCGACCUCGGAGAGUCACCCUUGAUCGAGGCCUCUGCUGUUCUUAAGCGACUUCUGGAUCAAGAGCUGGUGGGACUGUUCUUCGAAGUUCGGAGGAGCUUUCUUGCUCCGUAUGUGGGAGACGAUCUCCAGAUUCAUCGCACUUGGCUUGCACCUGGACAGGGAGGACGGCCAAUGGCACAUUGA